AUGUCCUUUCCUCCUGCUAGGGGUCAUCCUUUAAAUCCCAAUACUCUUAUAGAUUAUCGAUGUCUAACAGCCCCAUUGAAUGGAGGUGGUGAUUGCCCACCUAAACCUUUCCCUUGUGGGGGUUACCCAGCUGAUUCAGCAUUUGGUGCCACUUUUAACGCUGGUCAAAUAUUUGAUGUAAGAUUUCAAAAUCCCGGUGCUCAAAAUCCUACUGCUGAAAGUGAUCAAGGUCGUCAUAAUGGUGGAUUAUGUGAAUUUUCAUUAUCCUAUGAUGGUGGUAGUACCUGGACCAAAAUUGCCACUUACCACAAAACAUGCCCUGACGUUUUCUACGGAUGGACAGUCAAAAUUCCCGAAAAUGCUCCAACUUGCGAUACACUUGGUCAAUGUAUAUUUAGUUGGACUUGGAUAAAUGCUGUCGGAAAUCGUGAAUUCUAUCAAAAUUGUGCUGACGUGAGAAUUAUUGGACAAUCUACUACACCAUUACAAAAAAUAGAUUUUACCAAAGCCAAUUUACCUGAGUUUGGAAAUACUCUUACCCCAGAAGGAGAUCCAGCCAAUACUGGAAAUGCGAGAGGUUCAGGUCCACUUCCGGAAGAUGUUACUGCUAAUUUACAACCAUUCGCACCGGGAAGUCCACCACCCCCAGUAUCAAAUACUCAACCACAAGCAACAGAUACUCAACCACCACCACCACCCCCAGCAUCUAAUACUCAACCACAAGCAACAGAUACUCAACUACCACCUCCCCCAGUAACAAAUACUCAACCACAAGUAACAGAUACUCAACCACCACCACCACCACCUCCAGCAACAAAUACUCAACCACAAGUAACAGAUACUCAACCACCACCACCACCUCCUCCGGCAACAAAUACUCAACCACAAGUAACAGAUACUCAACCACCACCACCCCCAGCAACAAAUACCCAACCAUCGCGUACUAAACAUUUAACAAUUACAUUGCCAACAGAUUUAGACAUAAAAAUCAAAUGUGUAAGAAAAAAUAGAAGUCCUUAUUAUACUAUUUCCAUCAAUGGAAAUAAAAUUACUCUUAAAUGUAAAGAUCAUUCGGUAUGCAGACAAAAGAAAGAUUACAUCGUGUGUAAAUAA